GUUAGUGUGUGUGCGCAAAACCCUAGGUAGUAAACUUAGGAAAUGGAGAACUGAUGGUGGAGUAUCAUGUAUUUACCUUGUUGAUUACCCGGGGUAAAUCGAAAGAACAGCUACACACGUUUAUGUGCUGGUGUUCUUUCUGAUUUCUUUACCUUUUGCACUGCAAGUAGUCGUGGAAGAUGGCUCUCCGUGCCGCUGGCUGGCAUGGUGCGGCCAGGCUGCUAUGUGUCCUGCUUCCCCUUGCUGUCGUGUUGUUUUCGGUCGGAGUUGCUGGGAUUCCAGAAGAGAAACCUGUACUGGAGCAGCAGCCUGUGGAGAAGGCUCCAACAGGGCGUCCCAAUGGGCCGGCAGUCAGCGCGGAUGACCCCAGCAAGGCAGGGGACCUGGGCUUCAUCCACGCCUUCGUGGCCGCCAUCUCGGUCAUCAUCGUGUCGGAGCUGGGGGACAAGACCUUCUUCAUCGCCGCCAUCAUGGCGAUGCGCUACAACCGCCUCACCGUGCUGCUGGGCGCCAUGCUGGCCCUGGGUCUCAUGACCUGCCUGUCAGUUCUGUUUGGCUAUGCCACCACCAUCAUCCCGCGCAUCUACACCUACUACGUGUCCACGGCGCUGUUUGCCAUCUUCGGUGUGCGCAUGCUGCGCGAGGGCCUGCGCAUGAGCCCCGACGAGGGCCAGGAGGAGCUGGAGGAGGUGCAGGCUGAGAUCAAGAAGAAGGACGAGGAGUUGCAGCGCUCCAAGCUGGUCAACGGUAGUCCCGAUGUGGAGACAGGCUCCACAGCCACCAUUCCCCAGAGGGGCUGGCGGAGCGUCAUCUCGCCCAUCUUCGUGCAGGCCUUCACCCUCACCUUCCUGGCCGAGUGGGGCGACCGCUCCCAGCUCACCACCAUCAUCCUGGGCGCCCGAGAGGAUCCCGUUGGAGUGAUGGUGGGCGGGACCUUGGGGCAUUGCCUCUGCACAGGGCUCGCCGUGAUUGGUGGACGGAUGAUCGCACAGAAGAUCUCUGUCAGGACUGUUACAAUCAUCGGAGGCAUCGUGUUCUUGGCCUUUGCCUUCUCCGCUCUCUUCAUAAAACCAGACGCUGGGUUCUGAUCCGAGCUCAGGCCUGCUGAGCUGAGCUCCUCUUGUAAAUACCUGGUUGAUUUUGUCAGCGUCUCAACAGAGAGGAGAUGGACUUCCUUCCUAUCUGUGUGCGAGUGUGCGUGUGAAUGUGUGAGCAAGGACGAAUGUGAACGUGAGGGACAGAAAAUCUGCCCGUUUCUGUGUGCCCUUCAAAGUGUGUGUGUCCCUCUAAGUGUGCGUGCGUGCGUGUGUGUGUGUGCGCGUGCGUGUGCGCGUGUUUACGACUGUGUCUUAAUGAGCCCUGUGGCCCUCGAACCCUGAAUGCUACUGCCCUCUCCCGUGAUGGGGCGGCCCAGUUGUACUCUGCUGAAACCACCUCUUCCGACGCCUGCCGUUUCUCUCAACACUCACUUCAGGCCUCACUACUAAUUACUACAGCUUAUCCCUUGGAUCACACACAGAAAUCACCACUACUAUCCACACAACAAGCAGUCAUAGGGGCCCCGUUUGGAAUCCUGGCUAGCUGGCUGGCUCCACCACCAUGGGGCUUGUUUGAAGUCAUGUGACUGUGCCAAAGCAGUGCGUCUUUGGAUGGACCUGAAAUGUUGACUAUGUUGGACAAGGAUCUGAUUUCAGAUGAGGCUAUGACUCCGGAAAAAAAACAAAGACCAUAGCCACCACCGUGCACAAUAUUUCCUCAUUCCCUUACAACACUAUGUUAGGCCAGAGUUUGUUCUGAAACCAGUCACGGUUGCAGCUACUGUCGGUGCAGUAGAUGUCUAUGUAGUUUCUUGCUAUAAAUGUCUAUGGUUGGCAGCCCACUCUAGUUCAUGAGAUGUGCUGCACUUGGGCCAAAGGGCACUCUGUGCUGCGACCCAGUGCUGGGGACACCACUGCUGUUCCACCCGCCAUUUUGAAUUCCCUCUACACUGCAAUAAUACCCUCAGGCUGGGGGCCGUAUUCCAACAGAAUGUGUUUUGGUAACCAACAGAGAAAGGUUAAAACAGAAAGUGGUAACUCUCCUAAAAAGUUGGUUGUUUCUUCUAGCUAAGUGAAAGGAUAUACUACUUUCCCUGAGUUAUCAUUACUUGGAUAAGUGAUUAAAUCGGCCCUCUGGAAUCACUGGAUCAGGUCCCGCUCUUAUUGUUCCCAACAUGGCUUCCACAAUCCAAACAUGUAGACACUGCUGCCGCCCUGUAUCGAUUGAUUUUAUUUAUAUCCGUUUUAUUUGGACAGUGAUGGCUUGGUGUGCGCUCCGUAAUGUUUGACCAGUCAGACUGCCUUGUUCUGGUCGCCACCGUCUACAUUCCUGUGCUGUUUCAACAGUGUGAGCCAGAGACGCUAAGUCCAGAGGGGCUCUACAGCAGUCCUUUUUGCCCAGUUGUCAGAGCACACUCGAGCCACUGAUGGACUACCGGGUGGUUGUCAUCUGUCUGUAGACUAGAGGGGGUAUUCCAGAAAAGGGGUUUAGUGCUAAAAACACAGCUAGAUAAACUCUGCACGAGUAUUUUGUUUUUAAACUUCGUAAUUGAAGGGUUCCAGAGGUUCAUUCUUAUGUCAAAACAAAGUCAGAGCCGGGGGGUAUACUAAGAAGCUGGUUCAGUUGUAAAGCAGGUUAAGUUAACCUUGUUGUAGAGGUAAAUAAUCUAAAUGAGCCUGGAGUACUCAUUUUAACUGAAUGAUGCCUGCAGGUAUAUCUAUUAGCAGGGUUACCAGAUCCUGUAGGUGAGCUAAGCCUGAUUUAUCACUUAACCAUGUUCCUAGCACACCCCACUGUUCUACAAGAAGAUUCACCCAUUUGUCUGGGUUACUAUGCUUGUGAGACAUCUCGUUCCUCUGUAUGUUAACUCAGUAGGUGACAACUUGUAAUAGAAGAACCCUGUGGCUUUGUUCUUAUGGAAGGAUAUAAGAGGAGACAAACUAUUAGGAGACAGACUGCUCACUCAGGGUUGAUUUAGCUGGGUUACGAACUAAACCAUCUUUUUGGCAUGUGCCCCUGGAAUACGCCCUGCUGUAGUUCAAUCAUGUCUCCCAAUCUAAUGUACACACCUACUGCCAGUGGAACAUGAGGCAUGUGAUGGUGAGCCUGUGCUGAUGUCUCAACAUGAUAAGAGUAGUUUCGUCCUAGGUUCAGUAAAUCACCAUAACCCAGUGAGUGUGGUUUUUAUUUAUUCUCUUUUCCCUAUGAGCACAGAUGUAUUGAGAUUAAACGACACUCACAGACUUGAGGUUUGGGUUGAGGCGCUGUUUGUUUUUGUGGUCUGUUUUUUUGUUAUUUUAUUAUUUUGUUUUAUCUUGUAUUAAGUACUGUAGUUGCUGGGAAGAUAUCUGGUAUUUUGUAACUUUUUUGUUUUGUUGUUUUUUUUCAGUCAGGGCAAUUGAACUUUUCUUGUCAAUAUUUGACAGGUGCGAGUUCCACUUUGAAGGCAACAGGUGUGAUUUUUGAAGAGCAGGUUGACUGUAAGAGCCCGAUCCCCUGUAAAUAGCCAAUAAAGUCUGUCAGUCUGAUUCA